AACCAAAGACGAAAUAAUAGAAAGAGAUUGAGUUAAUGGUAGACAGAGGAUUGGGUAAGAGAGUUGAACAUUUAGUCAUAGUCAGAAGAGAAAAGAAAGGGAAAAAAGAAAGAGAUUAAGAGACGAGGGAAAAGAGAGAGAGAGAGUUAAACAUACUUUGCUUAAAAUCAUAUAACAAGCAACAACUCAGAGCUUGAAAGACUGAGAAAGAUAUAACCAGGCAAGAGAACGAGAGUGAAAAAGGAAGAGCUUUUUUUGUUUUAAAUAUUAUAAUAUAUUAUCAUCAACAGUGAUUAUUAUUGUUCAUAGAUUUGUUAAAGUAUAACAUGGUUAAGUUGAUUAUAUUAAAACUGUACCAUUUUAAUAGCCAUUUAAUGGUUAUUUAGCUCCUCACAACGGAGUCUCAGAAGAGAGGAGCGAUUAAGUGUGUUUUUUUUGUUUCAUAGUGUUUUCCACUGGCUCUAAAAGCGCUUCGAGGCCUGUUCCGUGGAAGGAACAGAAAGAUGGCUUCCAGUGCGUCAAAAUCAACAACAUCAUCAACAACAACAACCUCUACAAGUAAACCAAGUGGAUCCUCAUCAGUUACAGGUACCAUUGGAGGUAGCGGUGGAGCCUCUUCUGGUACUGAAGUCAGUGGCGAUCACACAACAACAACAACCUCUUCACAACCUUCAUCAUCAUCAUCGGCAACACCAACCCAAGCAACAGCGGCAACAUCAUUCCCAACCGGAACAACAACACCAUCAACGACGAUAGGAAUCUCAUCAUCAUCAUUUUCAUAUUCAUCAAACACAGCGACAUGUACAGCUUCAACCACAACAACCACAACAACAACAACUAGUACACCAUCAGGUUUAUCUGGUUCACCUUCAACACCAGGAACAACAACCGAAAUAUCUUCAGUAGGAGGUGGCGGGGGAGGGGGAGGCGGGGGAGGAGGUGGAGGUGGUGGUGUAACUAGUGGACUUGGUGUUGGACCAGAAGGAUCAACAUCACCAACAACCGAAUUAAUACCGGAAUACGAUCAGCAUGGACAUGGACAUUAUUUUACAAAGAAAACAUUUCACAAGCCUACUUAUUGUCACCAUUGUACUGAUAUGCUUUGGGGUCUUAUUGGUCAAGGGUGUAUUUGUGAAGUGUGCAAUUUUGUAGUUCACGAUCGAUGUCUAAAAACUGUAGUCUCACCUUGUUCAACAAUAGCUUCAAAUGUGAUCAAAAAUCCGGUUCCCCAUUGUUGGUCUGAAAUAGGACAUUUUAAAAGAAAAUUUUGCAACGUUUGUCGUAAACGAAUUGAAGAUCAAAGUGCGGUUCGUUGUGAAACUUGUGAAUAUUGUGUUCAUCUCGAGUGUCAAGACUUUAGCGUUGCCGAUUGUAAAGAAUGUGCCACUUACGUUCCUGACCAAGAACUGCCAAAAGUAGUACAAUGUCACCACUGGAGGGAAGGUAAUCUUCCUCCUAAUUCUAAGUGUCAUUAUUGCCGUAAAUCAUGUUGGUCUGCUGAAUGUUUAGCUGGAAUGAGAUGUGAAUGGUGCGGUUGGACGGCUCACGCAAUUUGUUAUAAACAAUUGAAUCCUGAAUGUAAUUUUGGUCUAGUUCAAAGCAUAAUGUUACCACCUUAUUGUGUUAGCAUUCCACGUACUGAUGUACCCUUGGAGACCAUUAUUGGCGUUCAGAAUCGCAAGAAAGGAGAUAAUGUAGCUCGUAAGUUUACAAGAAGUAGUUCAGAAGAAUUAACGGGACCCGAUCAACGAACUAAAUCAGAAGCCGAAGAAUACCCUUCACCUAAAGAUAAAGAUAAAGAUGAAGAGGUAAUCAAAAUCUAUGAUGGAAAUGCUUCAAUGAAAAGACGUACAUUCCGGACAAUCACCAUCUCACGAAGUGCAAACAAGGAACAGAUAAUUGCUGCUGCUCUUCGAGCUUUUCAUAUUCAUGAUGAUCCUAAACAUUAUAUUAUAACAGAUUUUUAUGACUCUAAUGAGAAAGAAUUAUGUGAUUUCAUGCCUAUCCCCAGUUUAACUAGAAAAGAAGGUAAACGACCUGGUAUAUUCUUUAGGUUUCGUCCUCCUAACCUUUCACAGGGAUCUAUUAGAGUUUAUCCAGGAAAACUAAAUGUUUGCGUCAACGAUACUUAUUGUGUGAUACCAGUAACUGAUGAUAAUACGGUUGAGGAGGUAAUUAAAUCAUCAUUAGAGAGAUUUGGUCUCGAUCCCAAAGACAUUAACAGAUACCGCCUUGUAGAGGUUUCCUUGGAGAAAGGAGCUGUCCAUGAAAGGACCAUGGAUAACCAAGAAAGUCCAUGGGAGAUAAUUAAGAAUGUAGCAAGGGAAUCUGUUCGUCAAAAAGAAAAUACUCGAUUCUAUUUGCAAACCAAUGAUGAAGUUUACUGUUCCAAUGUAGCAAUAUUUGUUGGCAAUUUACCACCAAAUUUAUCCGAACGUCAAUAUGAAAAGAUUCUUAUUCAUAUUUUAACAAAACCUUAUAAACACCGCAAAAUUGGUCCAAUCUAUUAUGAAUAUGGAUCGCUCAUAAUAACAUAUGAUAAUGCAGAUAUUGCGGUUAAAGCUUUUUACAUGUUGAGGGAAGCCUCUUAUGAUGAUAAAAACUUACUCGUCCUUUUAUUACCAAACAUUGUUGCUGACAUGGUUCCAACAGGGGUUCGACCUUUAUUAGUAUUUGUUAAUGUUAAAAGUGGUGGAUGCCAAGGAUUAGAAUUAAUUUCUGCCUUCCGUAAACUGUUAAAUCCUUAUCAAGUUUAUGAUUUAGAGAAUGGAGGACCACUUCCAGGGUUAUAUGUAUUUCGAUGUGUUAAAGAUUAUAAGAUUCUGGUUUGUGGUGGAGACGGGACUGUUGGAUGGGUUUUACAGUGUUUAGACAAUGUUGGCCAAGACUCAAUUUGCCAGUCACCGCCAUGUGCUAUUGUCCCUUUAGGCACUGGUAAUGAUUUAGCUCGAGUUUUAAGAUGGGGAUCUGGUUAUACGGGUGCUGAAGAUCCUAUGACAUUACUUAAAGAUGUAAUCGAAGCAGAAGAGAUUAGGUUAGAUCGAUGGACAGUGGUCUUUCAUACGGAUGAACCUGCCCCUAGUUUACCGGGUUUACCUUCAAAUCCUACGGGAACCUCAGAGGAUAAUGCUGCAAUUUAUGUGAUGAACAAUUAUUUCGGUAUUGGUAUCGAUGCUGAUCUGUGUUUAGGUUUUCAUAAUGCUAGAGAAGAAAAUCCAGAUAAAUUUAAUAGCAGAAUCCACAACAAGGGUGUUUAUGUAAAAAUGGGUUUAAGAAAAAUGAUAACAAAAAAGACGUGGAAAGAGCUACAUAAAGAAAUCAGGGUUGAAGUUGAUGGCAAAUUAAUCAAUUUACCUCCAGUAGAAGGAAUAAUAAUUCUUAACAUUCUAAGUUGGGGAUCUGGUGCCAAUCCGUGGGGUCAAGAGAAAGAUGAUCAAUUCUCAAAGCCUACACAUUAUGAUGGGAUGCUUGAAAUUGUUGGUGUCACCGGAGUUGUACAUAUGGGUCAAAUACAGAGUGGCCUUCGAAAUGCAAUUCGAAUAGCCCAGGGUGGACAUAUUAAAAUUAGAAUUAACACUGAAAUGCCAGUCCAGGUUGACGGUGAACCCUGGAUUCAAGCUCCUGGAGAGGUUGUGGUUCUUAAAUCAGCCCUCAAAGCAACUAUGCUUCGUAAAACAAAGAUGAAACGUCGUAACACUGAACCUGCCCUAUCUGCAUCGGAAAAAUCCUCCGGUGAAAGAUCAUCUGUAGCUUUAGGUGAAAAAUCGUCCAUCAGUGAGCGUCCAGAUGAGUAGGAAUGCCAACUGAACAUCGUAACAAAUUGAAAUUGAAAAAUAACAAGCUGUACUGUUGUUAUUAACGUUGUUAUACUUUCAUAACUACAAAAUGCCCAAAACUGAAAGUGGCCAAAUCUCAAAAGUCUCGUAUCGAGAAAAAGACGAGAACGCAAAAACCAAAGAAACAAAGAAACACAAACAAUUAGUCCUUCUCAAUUGAAAAUUGAAAUUUUUUUUAUAAAAACUCAAGCAAUUUGCAUCUAAAGAAUCAUCAAUCAAAAUUCAUAUUGACAACCUUUUCUAUUUUAAAUGAUCCUUCGUCGCCACCAUCAACAUCAUCAUCAUGAACCAUUUUCAUCAGUCAUUAAUCCAUUAUCGUCGCCGCCACUGUCAUUAUCAUCAUCAAUCUUUGAUCAUUGUUCAAUUAAUUCACCCAAAUAAUGGUCAAUAUAUUGCCAAUCAAGCGAAAAAUUCCAAUUUUGACAACAAAUUUGUAUAAAAAUAAUCAGUUCAACUGGCUCAUUUUUUGCCACCAUUUCACUCAGCUCCGUGAUCAUCACUUCAAUCAUCAACCACCGCCAUUAUCAUCAAAAAGAGAUGAUGAAGUGGAAGAGGAAAAUCAAUGAACCUGUAACAUGCAUUACUCGAUUUCCAAAUGAUAAAAAUGGAAGCUAAUUUAAUCACAAUUUACUCUUUUAAAGCGAGGAUACAACUUUGCAAGCAACCACAGAUCCUCUUGUAGCUGAUGUUGGUUUAAACUCUUUUUUUUCAAUGGACUUAGUCAAAGGAGAAAUUUCAAAGACUCCUGAGAAUUUAAAUAGAAAAUAAAUGAUUAAAUCAGAAUGAGAAUCACAAUUGGAUUACCGUACUUUUUGUGCUUCUCUGACUUUUUUUCAAGUUUCUAUGAAAAGUUUCUUGAAAUCUUUUUUUCUGUGAUUCUCUGUUUCCAUUCCAGGAUUUGAUGGUUAAAAUUGAUUGAACCUGAGAAGUUUUCUUUUCCUGAUAGAUUCAAUCUUUACCUUGUUUUUAUUAAUUGACGCAAAUGAAAUCAAAUGGUUACUAUCAAUUUGAUUUUGACAAAUAAGCAAAUUGUGAAGUUACAAAUCAAAUCGCCACCAUUUUCAACCGAAUCAAUUUUAUUAACAACCAAAAAAGCACAAGAUUGAGUGUUUUUUUACGCUCACAUUUUCCCCCUCGCUUCAUUCAUCAAAUUCGUUCGUUUGUUAUUCGACUCAAUUAUCUCUUCACAACAUAUUCUUAGACAAUACCUGAUUGUGUCUAAUCAAAUGUGAAUGGAAGUAUUUAGAUGCUGUGAAAACAAAAGAUCCAAAGACAUCUUCUGGAGACAUCAAGACUCAGCAAAAGGAUUAAAUAAUCAGUGUCUAUUAUUUAGCCAUAAAUAUCCUUGUAAUAUAAAUUGAUUGUUUUAAUGGUGAUAAUUUACGGCAAUUCUAGUUGAACCAUUUUUUAUUAAGCUUUAUGUGUAAAUUUGAAAGAAAAGCAAAUCUCUCUUCACCUCUUCACUCUCUUUCUAUCUUCCUAUUUCAUCUCUUUCAACCUCUUCCAGCAAAAAUCGAUUAAUGAUAAAAUAUAACAGAAUCCAGGAGACGCCAUUGAAACAAUUAUACUCUCAAGAUCAACUCAUGUUUGGAUGAUAGUUUUUUUGUGAUUUUUGAUGAUGAACUAUCUCUUGAUAAAGAUGCUCUAUCAAAGCAUAUCAAGGAAUCAAAUCUGGAUUGACUUGGAGUGACAAAAACACUGGAAAUGAACUCCAAAAGUGUCUUCAUUUUAUUUUCGGAUUCUGGUUUUCUGGUUCCAAAGACAGUCUCAGUCAAUCAACAGCAACACAGGCAAAAGCUGUAAAAGCAAAACUCAAAAGAAAUGUUUUUUACCGUUUUCAGUGAACAACAAACUGGUUAACUUGAAGAUGGAAAGUUAUGCAAAUUCAAAUUACUAAGAAAGCCUGACUUGGAAGCUGACUAAAGAUGAAGAUCUAAAUCUUGAGUUAUCAUUAUCGAGACCAGUUGAUGGUGCUAAUGGAAUCAGUAUAAUGAAGCGUCGAUUGAACAUUGUAAAAUGAAAGGAGUUGAUUAGAGAUGAAAAUCAUUUAUAUUGCAAGCCAAGUUUGCCAAUAACUUUUCUUCUGGGCAGUUGAACUUUAUUUGAUCUUUUGUCUAUAACAAAUAAUCAAAACCAAUCAGCGAAAGCAAAGAGUUAUAUUUCUUAUUUUAAACCAUAACUUUUCAUCUGUAAUCAAAAAGCCAAUGAAUAUAUGGAUACAUGGUAAAGCAAAAGCAAGGAAAGGAUGAAAAUUCAAAAGACGAGAAUCACAAAAGUACAUUCAACUUUUAUUCCCAGAUGAACUCGCAAAGUCGCAAUGUUCAUUUGGACAACUCUUUUUUUAGUUUGAGUCAGUAGAUGGUGACCAUCAACAGUGAUUAAUAAUGAUUUAACAAUUGGAAACAUUUACAAAAAAAAAGCAAAUUGGAAAAAAAGUUAACAAUUUACUUUGCAAAGGUUUGCAAAGUUCAUUUUAAAUUGUAUGUCUUGACCAGACAACACACACACACACACACACCAAACUCACACACAUGAACCCUUGUUAAUUACACAUUACACGCAAAUUAAGAUUAUUAUAUUAUAAAUAAACCCUUAGAGAGCAGGUAUUGAUGACUAGAUGGAUACGAAGACUUUAAUUAUACAUUUAUACAUAAAUUUGCGAUUGAAUGGUUUUCACGAGAAUCAAAAAUAUAACCAAAUUUGUCAAACAAACGUAGGUGCUUCCGAUGCUGAUGAUUAACAUGAUUUACUCAAAGAUGAUACAGCUGAUAUUACAUUAUUUUACAACCAUCAACAACAAGCCUUUGACUCUCUAGUGGCCUUAACCAUUUGUAAAACACACACACACAUACAUGGAUACAAAGCAACACAUUACGAGCUAAACGCAACUAACCAACCAAAGCAAAAACAAGGCAUGGCUAGAAAGUCGGGUUAACAAUCAACAAAUCAUACAGAUUGACGUUUGAAUUUUACAAAUUAAAUUUACUUUAUCAAUAUAUAUAUAUAUGUAUAAAUAAUCAAUUAGGCUCAAUUAUUAUCAAUUGUUUUACAAGAAUACAAAAUGUUUUACCUUUCAAUUAGAUCCCAAGUCAAAAGCAAAUCAAUUUUAAAAAAGGAAAACCAUUUUAUUUAUUUUUUUCUCGUUUUGUUUUGUUUCUGCUUACAGUCAAUGAAACUUUGUACCAGAUUAAUCUGGAUUUGAAUCAGUACAUGAUUAUAAUCAUCACCAAUGUUUUCAACUUUCACCACCGCCACAACCACCGCCGUUAUCAUCUUCAUCGACUUUAUCAUCUCUUCAAUAUCAGACGUAAAAUCAGGCAAAAAAGUCAUCUUUCAAAAAUCUCUCGUCACUUUCAUUCAACCAUUUUUAUGUUGAACCUUCCUUUUUUUUUGGUUCCCUUGUUUAUGUCCAUUGAUCAUGAUUAACGUGUUAAUUAUGACGAUUGUUGAAACUAUUACAUUAUUAUGUAUAUUUAUGAUGAUAUAUUUAUUAUUAUACAGUGAAGGUAAACUUUGUUUGCUUCCUUUGUUUUAUUAGAAAAUCAUCAUUUAACAAAUUUUUUGGUUUACUUUUUGUUGAUAUUUUCCUCUUAUUUGGUUAAACUGUUUUCAAUAGAUUCCAAUGAGUCAAUGUUUGAUCACAAUAGCCAUUUUGUUCAUUAAUCAGUUACAAUUAUAUUUAUUAAAAAUAGUGUAAUAGUUGAAAGGAAAACCCAAAAAAUUAACCCGAAAACAACCCAAAUUUAACCCAAUAAUCCAUUUUUCCCCAUUUGUUUGAAUCUUUCUAUAUAUUGCUCUAUUGUGCCAUCCAUACAAUUAUAUUAAUUGAUGACUUAAACUUUCUCUCAUCUGAUUGUCAAUGGGUAGUUAACCCUUUGAUAUUCAAAUGUUAUUAUUUACAACAAAUUAAAAAAUGUUUCCAACAAAAUCA